AUGCCACGCGCCGAUACGAUGCUCCAUUUGAGAAACGUCUCUAGCUCUCCGGACUCGUCCGAGAACUACAAUCCGUAUCCAGUUUCCGCUAAGAAGCCUCCAGUUCUGGCAUUCGGUUUAUGGCGCCAAGACAACCAGCAUAAAUUCGACGGAAUGUAUUCGAACAUAUCGGCUACUGAAAAAAUCACCAAAAUGAGAACCGUCUGGAGACAUCAUACAUCAGCUGAAGAGAGGGAAUUCUAUUAUGCCAAGGAGAAACAACUCAAAAUGCAGAGAGAUCAUUCGGCAAUCCAAGAGCCAAUUCCGUUCAAUGAUUGUAGUCAAUCAAAGAUUCAACAACCCAACAAACCGGAGCAGCAUGUGAAGCGCCCAUUGAAUCCGUUCAUGGUCUACUGUCAAGUUAGAAGAGCCGAAUUGGCAGUGACUGAUCCGGGCCUUCCUUCUGCUGAGAUUCUGAAACGAUUGGGAGCAGGUUGGGGAGCCAUGUCGGUUGAAGAGAAGCGACCGUUCUAUGAUGAAGCCAGCAAAUUGAAAGAAGAGUUGUACAAGGCGCAUCCGAACUACAAGUACGCUCCUCAAAAGAAGCCAGCAGUUCACGUUUCGACUCCAAUCAAACUAGCGAUGACUCCAAUCAAACCAGCAGCGAUUCCCACUAGAUCAGUACUCACUCCAUCAGUUGCUCCAAACGUCAAUCAGCUGCACAAAAUCUCAACGUCUCAGCCAGUGAUCCCAACUACUCCGUUGAACCCGAUUCCACAACAAAAUCCAACUCGAUAUGAGCAGUGCCAUCAACCAACUCCAACUCAUGAUUACUGCUUCAAGUACCCGAGAACAAGUGGUGUCGUUAUUCAUGAAGGACCAUCACCACCUUAUUGUGUUCGUGUUGCCUUCUUGUCGCCGUCAUCUUCUUUUUUCCAAGCGUGCGCACUUGGUGAGACAAGAAACGGACCAAUAUGCGUGUGCUGCUCACAAAUUGUCAUUGAUCGGUGUGGUGGACGCAUGUCUAGCCCAAUUUUCACCACCAAUGAGAUCUUCGUUUGCCUCCACGAAAAGGAUGGGUCCAAAUUCCCCUACUCCGCCAAGAUUAUGGCAAUCAAAGAAAUCGGAUCGAUCCAAUUCUAUAUGAUACAUUAUAGAGGUUGGAAAUCUACCACAGACAUUCGAAUUCCAGUUGGAGAGGAGGCUGGAAGAAUGUAUAAAGGAUCGUUGAAGGAAUAUGGGGAGAAAUUCCACGUGGAUAUUUCACCAGAUGCCUGGGAUGCUGAGAAGAAGUGCAAGAGGAAGGCUGUGGAUAAUUUGGAAAGGAGUUUUGUGAAGAAGGAGAGGAUUCAGGAGGAGAAUGUUUAUAAAAAAGUUUAUGUAGCAAAGAGAAGGAAGUUGAGAGAGGAUUCUGAAGAAGCCACGUCAUCUGAUGCUUUAAGAAGAUCCAGAGGGGAUCCAGGAGCCACUACUUCUGAGGUCAAGGAUUCAAGGAUCAGCAAGGAUAAAGAGAACAAAGCGAAGAGUUUGAAACAGCGGGAUUCAGAAAAUCAGAUCAAAAAGACCUCAAAAGUGAUUCCAAUCGACGACGCCAAGAUUCUAGAAGGCCAAGGGACUUCCACAAAGAUUCGAAUUGGCCAAACAGAAGAAAAUCUGCAUAAGGAAGAUGAAAUCCAGAAUCUCAAGCCAGGGAAUCCAGAAGAGCUAAUCCACGAGCCCAUGAAUCUACCGGACCAAUCGAAAGAAGAUAUUCUAGCGGAAAUUCAGAAUCUUCCCCAAGCAGAAUCCCCCAAGAAACGUGGUCCAAUUGAGAAGGUUCCAGAUUCUGAAGUUGCUAAAAAGGUCCAGGACAAAGAUCCAAAAGUGAACAUUCCUGUUUUAGAAUAUGCAGUUCAGAAGAAACGAAACAAUCCAGGAUAUUAUAUCCCGAAAAACGAUCCAGUAUACAAUGAACGGAUGUCUGUAUUAAGAGCAAGGCAUGCGGGAACACUGGAUGAGGUGAAACUGACUGACGGGCUGGGAAAAAUCCUAGUGGACGACUAUAUAAUGGUGCAUUCGGAAAAGAAGAUUCCAAAGGUACCAGCAGAGUGGGUAGUCGUGAACAUUCUAGAGGAAUACAAAAAUUCCAAGACCAAUGAUUCUGAUAGCUACGGGAUCAAUGAUCUGAAUACCAUGAUUCCAUUCUACAUGGAUAAGCACUUCAGAUCCCUCUGUUAUUCCGUCGAAGUUCCGAACUAUGAGCAACGUCUUAUUCAAGAAGUUCUACGUCAGAAGCUCAUCUUCGAAGACGUCAAGGAUCUGGACCCGAAAAUCUUUAAAGCCUCCGAACACUAUGGAUUGGUCCAUUUGCUCCGCCUCCUCACAGAAAUUGACAAAUUUGUGAUGAUGUACAAUACAGGACACUCUCUCGAGAGAACCAGAACCAUUCUAAUCGAUUUCAUGAAGUUCCUGGAUAUCAAGAAGUACGAGUUUUACCACAAGGAGAAGGAUUAUAUGGAUGCUUGA